AUGUCCGACUUCGAAGACGACAUUGACGACCAACUCCUCGAGCUCGCUGGUGCAACCGAGAAGAAGAAGAAGGGGCGACAACACUCAAGUGGAAGUGCUGGCGGUGGAGGGAGUAAAGGCGCUGCAGGCAAGAAACGCAAGCACGUAGACAGCGACUCGGAGAAAGAAUCCUUUGAAAGCGAAGAGGAAAUGCAAGAUCCGUUCCCGCUUGAGGGGAAAUAUAGGGAUGAACAGGAUAAACGAGAGCUGCUCUCAAUGACCGAGUUCCGUCGGGAACAAAUCCUCGAAGAACGUGCCGAGGAGAGGCAGCGCCUUCAGAACGCGAAGAUGCUCGCCGACAUGGUCCGGCAGCAACAGGGUGGCGGCGGAGCAAGUGCAGACGACAGUGUUUCGAGGGCGGCUAAACGUCAGCACCAGGCUCGAGGGGCGACAAAGGAGAAGGCACAUAAGCUCGAUGAGCUGAAGGCGAAGAGGAAGGCGAAGGAUGAUAAGAAACGAUCAAGAGCAGAGGAUUCGCCUUCACAAACGCGUGGACGCUCUUCGUCGCCACAGGAUAUGGACAUUUCCGACGAGGAGUCGGAGGAUGGCCAGAUCACCAAAGCGGAACAGGAGGACGAGCGGUUGCUCAACCUCAGUUCCGGAUACGAGUCCUCUCACAAGAGGAGCCGGUCAGGGAAUAAGGAGGACGUACCGGACGCUCCAUGCACAAUGGAAGCAUUGGAGACGUGCCGACUAACGAGAGAUAACCUCGCGAAACAUUUUAUCAAGCCUUGGUUCCAGGAUUAUGUUACGAACGCAUGGGUGCGAUACCUUAUUGGCCAGGAGCAGAACGGUCAGCCCGUGUAUAGAAUUUGUCAAAUCAACAAUCUCGCAUCGGAUUUCGUGAAGCCUUAUAAGAUCAACGACAAGACCACCAAUCAGGCACUUGAACUGAAGCACGGAAAGAGUAUGAGGACGUUCAAUAUGGACAAGGUCUCAAAUGGACCUUUCAUUGAGAAAGAAUGGGAUCGUCUUGUUAAGACAUAUACGUCUGAGGACGUGAAGUUGCCCACAAAGCAACAGCUGGAGAAGAAAGUCGCCCAAAUGGAGAAGCUGGUGAAUCAGCCGAUGACGGAGGGUGACAUCAGCGUGAUGUUGACGCGUAAAGCUCAACUCCAGACAAGCAAAGGUUCAGGACUGAGCACGCUGGAACGGUCACGGCUCAUCCAGCAACGGACACUGGCGAUUCGCCGUCAAGAUUACGAGGAGGUGGCCGAAAUCGAGGCCAAGUUGGAGGAAGCGAAGCCAACAACACCACCGAAGCUGGAGACGGAGGACAUGCUCGCUAGAGUCAAUGAGCGGAAUCGCAAAGCUAACUUGGAGGCGAUCCGACAGCAAGAGAUUGCAGAGGCGGAGAAAAAGCGACGAGAACGUAAACUGAAGGAGCUGGGAUCGAAGCCGUCGACGCCUAGACCGGGUACACCGGUUGUAAACGGAGAAGAUCUGUUUGCUGCAACCGUUGCGAAAGUCUCGGUGAAACCUGGGAGCACGUUUGAGGCGUCGCUGAUAGAUAGUGUUGAAAUUGAUUUGGGUGAUUUCUAG